CAAUGACGAGACUCUUAUUGUUGUUUGUCUUGCGGCGCUUUAUUAGUCGAGGUCGUCCGCCUCUGCAGCCACACAUUCCGCCUUGUGUGUACAUGUUUUUUUUUCUCUCUCUCGCAAAUGGCGUAGAUCUCUGUUCUCCAAUCGAAACAACAAAACACAAAAGAAAAAGGGGAAAAGGAAAAGGAAAAAGGGAGGAAAACCACACACACCAUGGCCGCAGUCAAAUCAACACAGUCGGAGCUCCCGACUUUCUCGCCCAUUGACUAUGGGAAGUUCUUUGGAGCAGGCGCCCUCGCGGCGACCUCGACGCACGGUGCCGCGACGCCCAUCGACGUCGUCAAGACGCGCAUCCAGGUCGACGACGCCAUGAAGGGCCUCAACAUGGUCAAGGCCGGCCGCUCGAUCGUCGCCAAGGAGGGCGCGUCCGCUCUGCUGACCGGCUUCGGCCCCACCGCCGUCGGCUACCUCGUCCAGGGUGGCGGCAAGUUCGCCGGCUACGAGUUCUUCAAGAAGCAGUUCAUCAGCGCCGCCGGCGGGCCCGAGCGCGCCGUCGACAGGCGCACCGCCAUCUACCUCGGCGCCAGCGCCACCGCCGAGUUCUUCGCCGACAUCCUGCUGUGCCCCCUCGAGGCCACCCGCAUCCGCCUCGUCUCUCAGCGCGGCUACGCCUCCGGCCUCGCCCCCGGCUUCGCGCGCCUCGCCCGCGAGGAGGGGCUCAAGGGCUUCUACUCGGGCUUCGUGCCCCUGCUGUUCAAGCAGGUCCCCUACGCCGUCGGCCAGUUCUCCGUCCACGAGGCCGCCGUCGAGCUCAUCUACCGCACCAUGGGCCCCGAGCGCAAGGCCGCCAUGACCCAGCUGCAGUCCACCGGCGUCGAGCUCGCCUCGGGCAUCGUCGCCGGCGUCGCCGCCGCCGUGCUCUCCCACCCGGCCGACACCCUGCUGUCCGCCAUUAACAAGGGCGCCGGCGACCCGAAGCAGGGCGCCACGAGCCGCAUGAUCCAGCUCGCCAAGGAGUUCGGCCCCAAGCGUCUGCUGCUGACCGGCUUGGGUCCCCGUAUCCUCAUGACCUGCGGCCUGGUCGCCGGCCAGUUCGUCAUAUACGCGCAGUGCAAGACCCUGGUCGGCGCGCCGGCCGGUAUCGAGAUUCACAAGGAGGAGUCGCUGUAAUGGCGAGAUGGUAGAAGUGCGUCAGGUGUAAACUGUUUAAAGGUUACAAAGACUCUAGGAAGGGCCGGCGUUUGGUUGCAUUGGAUCCGGGUGUUCGAGCGGUGGGCCAGCAAUUGCUUAGACUAUAUGAUUCCCAAAUCGUUAUUUUGCUACAUCUUUAUCAGCCCCGACCAAACUUCAACAUAAGGAUAGAAAAGUUAAAAUGUUAAUUCUGUCGAAACGUUCCCACUUUCACUCAGGUAUGGGUAGCAGGAGGUCGAG